GGCAGUAUGGCCUAUGGUCUUAGCUUGUCCAGAAGUACGAAAAAAAAGUUAUACAUUACAUGUCAUGUCAAUGUCACUGAAUGGUGCGAAGGUGUUUUCGGAGUUUAUUUAUUUUAUUCUUUAUUAAAUUAUUUUGUGUGACCAAAGUGCAUUGUAUUAAGCAUGGAAAUUGAAGAUAUUAUCAAGGGAUCUACUUUUUCAAUGUUAAAAGGCAAAGUUAGUGAUCAAUUAUUAGAAAAUUUGAAACUUAUGGGGCUUUCAAAACCAACUCCAAUUCAAGCUGAAUCACUUCCAUAUAUUUUAUUAGCUAAAGAUAUUAUUGGCACGGCAAAAACUGGGAGUGGUAAAACCUUGGCAUUCUUAAUCCCUGUGAUUGAAAGAUUAAUUCAACUUAGAUUUUCCAGCAAACAUGGCACAGGCUGCAUUAUUCUAACACCAACCAGGGAGUUAGCGCUGCAAAUACAUCAAGUAUUGAAGAAAUUACUUGUUAAUAUUAACCUAACAUACUCUUUAAUUGUUGGGGGAGAGAAAAAGGCUAAAGAUUUGUUAGUAUUGAAAAAAGGGAUUAAUAUUGUUGUCAGCACUCCUGGGCGUCUGUUGGACCAUCUACAGAGUACUAAAUGUUUUAAUGUGAACAAUUUAAAAUGCCUUGUUGUGGAUGAGGCGGACAAGCUGCUUGAAGCUGGCUUUGAGAAACACAUCACAGGGAUAGUUAAUCUGCUUCCAAGAAACAGGCAAACUUUACUGUUUAGUGCUACUCUGGACAGGAAUGUGAAGAAUCUGGCAAGGUUAGCUUUGAGGGAAGAUCCGGUGGUAAUAUCAACAAGUGACCAAUCACAGUCCACUGUCACUGGUCUAAAGCAAGGGUAUUACAUAGCUCCUGUAGAACAGAAGCUCUCAUGGCUAUACAAAAUGCUUCGAAAAAGCAAGAAGCUAAAGGUCAUGGUGUUCUUUUCAUCAUGCAAAUCAGUAGACUUCCAUUAUGAAUUCUUUAGGAAUCAUUGUAAAGCUUCAGUUUUAAGCAUACAUGGCCGGCAAAGCCAAGCUAGAAGGAAGGAAGCGUAUCAAAACUUUGUCGAAGCUACAAGUGGAGCCCUAUUUUGCACUGAUGUCGCGGCCAGAGGAUUGGAUAUACCGAGCGUCGACUGGAUCGUGCAGUAUGACCCUCCUACAGACCCUAAGGAAUAUAUUCACAGGGUUGGACGGACAGCAAGAGGCCAAUAUAACACCGGAAAUGCCGUUAUAUUAUUAAGGCCAGAGGAAGAAGAAUUCAUAAGUUUUUUAAAAACUGAAAAGGUGUAUUUAGAUAAAUACAGUUUUGAGAACCCAUCUGAUGAUGUUCAAAGAAUGCUUGAAGAUUUAAUACUCAAGAACGGUGUAAUGAAACUCUUAGCAAGGAAGGCAUAUCUCUCUUUUCUGAGGUGCUAUAAAGGCCAUCCAUUGAAGAAGAUAUUCAACAUUAAUACGUUGGAUAUCAAUUUAGCAGCCAAAGCCUUUGGAUUUUUGGAAACACCACACAACGAUUUCUGUAUCCUUUUAUACACUUUACCAUCUUAUCGUUUUGGUUCCGUAUCAAAAAAAGUACGGGUCAUGUUUGACCGCGCGGACAACGCUGGCCACGACCAUCUUCGGGACAUCGCGCCGCACCACAACACCAGACCUCCGGAGAGGUGGGCUUGGGACUUGCCCCGAUCCCUCCUACACCAGUAGCAGAGCAAGCACAACACACUUCGGACACAGCCUCACCAGCACGCCGCACACGCCAGCUAAGCUACCGGUCGCUUUCACCGCGGCCCCGAAACCUGGCCCCGCUCAAACGGUAUCACCAGGCUAGGGGUCGUGGGGUUGGAUAUCGACCGGUAGCGAAGAGCUGGCACACCAGCCACACACACCGUCCCCCAAAUGACGGCCAUUUGACCUCCCCACCGGUCGGUGGGGAGCGACCCGCGACAGCCGCCGUAGCUGGAAGGCGGAAGCGGCCCCUCAUCUCAUACCCCCCUGACGGGGGGUAUCGACAGACAUCCAGUCAAAAAAGUACAAAAGGAAGGAAGGAAGGGUCUGUCUGUCACAUCGCUAAAUAUCUCGAGAACCACUUAAGCUAUGGAUUUGAAAUUUGAAACGGACACAUUGAAAGUAUUAUUUUAUUUUCUAUUUUUAAUAGCUAUUUGCAAAUGAAGAUUUAUGAUUAUGGGAAAUGCCCAAUAUGAAGAGGGGGCAAAAUUGCAAAGUCUAGUGACUAGGUCGGGUAUCAUUUGAAAGAGCUGAAAUUGACCAUUCCUAAACAAUUAUUUAUUAUUUUUUAGUAGUGGAAAAAAAAUAUUGAUGAAGUAAAAUGUGAAAAACACCUAUGUUCGAUGGUCUGCUCUUCCUCUCCGCAUUCGCAAAGUGGGGAAGCCGUCCAUCCCCAUUUGUGUGUGGCUGAAUUGCAGCGGCCAUGUCCGGUUCUCGGCCUGUUCAGGCGGCACCAGAUUUUCUGAGGAAGGUCGAACCCUUUUGAUUUUUGAGUCGGGUCGGAUAUAUGGCUGUUCUGUGUUGCCUAAGCAGACCAAUCCGCUUUCCACCUAUCCGAAAUGUUAAAGCUGCUCAGACUUUCAGCUUCAGUGCAGGGUGGAUUCCGGGAUUUUAAUCGCCGAGGGGGUGGGCAGGCAUUACAGGGUUGUUCGUGAUCUUCUCAGCCUCCCUCUUUAACGCCUUGAGUCGUCGGAGGUGAGCAGGGGCAAUGUGACUCAAUGCCGGCAGCCAGUGGACGGGUGUAGAUCGGAUAGUGCCAGAGAUGCAACGAACGCAUGGUCUCGUUAAGCUUAACGUCCAAUAUAUAGGUAUGUGCACU